AAGCCCCAGGUUCUUGGACCGAUUGUUCGUUCUUUUCUGUAGAAACGUUUCUUUUCUUUGCUGUGACUGUGAGCCUUCGCAUCCAAAUCGUUCUUUCUUGGGUGGAUUCUCCGGUGCAUCCGAUUUGUUGCGGAUUUGUUCGUUGGGUGUAGUAGUGAUAUCAGUUCAUCGUCCUAAUCUUCCUCCAUGCGCCACGACGAGUCCGCCCCUGGUGGUAGGGAAUGGAAAUGAAUACUCCAAUUCAUCCAAAUCUUGCCAAAAAAUAUGCUGAUUGUGCUCCUUCUGUUGGGGUUUGAACCUCACUUCUUGAGACUCCCGAUCUGAUCGACUCUUUUAUGAGUUCGCAAGACACCCAGCAUGAAGUUUUUAGAAUACACCCCCUUCGACAGUAUAAAUUUGUUCCUCGAUCAACUAAACCUUGGUGACUGUACAAUCAGGGGAAACCUUGAAGCCUUCUCAUGCAAGCACACUGCAACAGACCGCCGGCUUUCCAUAAGUCUUGAACAUGAGAUUCUUGAUUACCUUGGCAAGUCUUCUGAUAGUGAUCCUUCUUCACCAGUGGAGCACUUGUCCUCCAGGUCAAGCCGGAGAACAUUGAUAUAUCUAGUUCUCACUCUUGGUCAUAUGUAUCCAGAUUAUGAUUUCAGUGCUGUUCGGACACACCUGUUCUUCAAAGAAGAGGAGUGGGAAAGUUUCAAGCAGAUGAUAGACACCUACUUAUCUGACACUUCUAGGCAAUGGGCAGCAACAAAUGAGGGCAGUUCUCUUCUGGACAGUAUGACUAAAGCUAUUGAUGAGGUUAUAAAAAUCAGAGAGUGUGACAUCUACAGCUAUAACCCAGACUCUGAUGGAGAUCCAGCUGUGGAGAAAGGGGCCAUAUGGUCGUUCAACUACUUCUUCUACAAUAGGAAGCUAAAGCGAGUAGUGAGCUUUCGAUGUUAUUGUACUAGCAAAUUGUCAACAGAUGACUUCCUAACGGGUGCGCCAUCUGAUGGUGAAGAGGAAGAUGCCUUGAUUGACAUGGACAUAUGACUAACCACGUUCUGCUAGGAACAUUACCCAACCUAUGUGACUUGUGUAAUAUAGAGCAUAUAUGCCAGCUCUGUAUUGGAAAUUCUAGUAUGACUUCAUCUCUAUCGUAUUAUCUGCAUAAACCAUGGUCUGUCUUAGCUUUGUUCGUAUUAUGUAGAUUUGAGAUUUUGCAGCCCCACAUGCAGAACUUUAGAUCAAUGAAACUUGAACCGCCACGGUACUCUGUAGUUUUUUCUGGAAUUGGAGACAAUAUUCUGCCUAGUCCGGCAGAUAUUUGAACCUAUUAUGUGCACUGAAUGGUCGAAUUUGCACCAUUGCUGAUUCACGUACUUGUGCUGGUAUAAUCGCCAUGGACAAUUUGUGUUGUGAAGAAA